AUGUCUCCGUGCUCCGCCGCCGAUGUCGCGACCCUCACGGCGUCAGGCAUGACGCAAGCAGUCGUCGACGUCAUAUGCGAAACCGGCGCGACCGCGAUCGAGCGACGCUCGCUCACCGUGGCCGCGAACGAACUCGCCAUCACGGGGCUUCAAGGGGCAGCCAACACGAACUUGCUGUUGUUCUGUUCCGCGCUCGUUUUUUUCAUGCAAGCCGGCUUUGCGAUGCUCUGCGCCGGCAGCAUCCGCUCGAAGAACGUCAUGAACAUCCUCAUCAAGAACGUGCUGGACGCGUGCGUCGGCGCGCUCGCAUUCUUCGCCGUCGGCUACGGGUUAGCCUACGGCAGGAAGACCAACAAGGACACCGCGGGCGCCUACAUCGGCGAAGGGAACUUUUUCCUCUCCAACUCAGCCACUCUCACCGGCGAGGGAUGGACCAAUUUCCUCUUCAACUGGGCGUUCGCCGCGGCCGCCGCGACGAUCUGCUCCGGAGCGAUGGCGGAGCGGACCCAGUUCGUGGCCUAUCUCGGCUACUCCGCGCUCCUCACCGGCUUCGUCUACCCCGUCGUCGUCCACUGGUGCUGGUCAUCGGACGGUUGGAUCUCCUCUUUCAACUCCUCCAAGUGGAGCGGCGUCGGCUUCAUCGACCUCGCCGGAUCCGGCGUCGUCCACAUGGUCGGCGGGUUCGCCGGUCUCAUGGGCGCGAUCAUGCUCGGUCCCAGAACCGGCCGCUUCGGGAUGAACGGCCAGCCGGUCCCGAUGCCCGGGCACAACGCCACGCUCACCGUCCUCGGCACUUUCGUGUUGUGGGUCGGAUGGUACGGGUUCAACCCUGGGUCCGUAUACGCGCUCAACGACCUCGCCUCCGCGGAACAGGUGGGGCGAUCCGCGGUCAUGACCACGCUCGCCGCCGCGACCGGCGGCGUCGCGACCUUGUUCCUUCACCGCGCCUUCAACAAGGUGUGGGACCUCGUCGCCGUGUGCAACGGCAUCCUCGCCGGCCUCGUGUCCAUCACCGCGGGCUGCCACGUGAUGGACACGCAUUGGACGAUCUUCACGGCCUUCGUCUCCGCGCUCAUCCUUCGCGGCUCCGCGAAGCUUCUCCUCAAGCUCAGGAUCGACGAUCCGCUGGAGGCGUUCCCCAUUCACGGCGCGUGCGGCGUGUGGGGGUGCCUCGCCGUCGGCUUGUUCGCGAAGAAAAAGUUCCUCGGUAACGAAAACUACGGCCUCGUGUUGGGCGGCGGCGGCGAUCUCAUCGGGGUCCAGAUCACCGGCGUCCUCGCGAUCGCGGCGUGGACCUCGGUCACCCUCGGCGUCUUCUUCUUCAUCCUGAGAAAGCUAGGGCUUCUUCGCAUCUCGGGGUCGGAGGAGAUGGAAGGCCUCGACACGAGCAAGCACGGAGGCUCCGCCUACAACAUGGAGAAGGGGGGGAUGUAUUGAUCGAUCGAUCGUCCGCGUCCGCGUCCGAUCGCGUCGCAUCGCGUCAUCGCGCGCGUCUUCGAUGAAGCGCGCGUCGCGCGUGAUGUACAGCUGUGAACUGCCCGUGAUUUUAUGUAUAUUUUGUGAUUAUUCGAUGUGGGUACGUAUACGAUACA